AUGGCACUGCGACCUUCCACUGCUCCGCAGCGCGUCCCUUUGCCGUCUCCUCUUGAGUCCUCUCUUCUUGCUCUUGCUGACCCGGAGUCUGACUCUCUUCGUGCUGCCAGUCCUACUGUCACGCGUCUCCUAGCUACUGUUGUCACUGACCCUUCCUUUGAGUCCACUGCUGCGUCUGCCUUGGUUGCUGAGCUGGUCGACUUCGCUGCUCGUUGUCGUCUAGACAAUGCUGCGAGUCUUGUUGCUGAGUCUGCGUCUGUCUGUCCUCCGUCCGUCAGGGGUGAGUGUGCUCUUGGCACGGACGUUCUUGAGGACAGACAGGAGGAGUUCCACUGUUUUGCUACUGCUUUGCCUCAUCUAGUGUCCACGCUGAUUGCCCCUGAGGGAGACACGGAUGCACCAGACAUCCCUACUCCUCGAUCGGUGAAGCGGCCGCCGGGUUCUCCGCCUGUCUUCAAGGCGCGUUACUUGGCUCGAGGCUUCAGUCAGCGGCAGGGAGUUGACUACUUUCAUACCUUCUCUCCCACCCCGAAGAUGACCACUCUUCGGGUGCUGUUGCACAUAGUCGCUCAGCGCGACUACGAGCUUCACUCUCUUGACUUCAGCACAGCAUUCUUGCAGGGCAGCCUGCACGAGGAGAUCUGGCUGCGCCGCCCACCUGGCUUCACUGGGUCGUUUCCUCCUGGUACCCAGUGGAGCCUCCGGCGGCCAGUUUACGGUCUCUGCCAGGCGCCCCGUGAGUGGCACGACACACUGAGGACUACACUUGCGGCUCUUGGGUUUGCUCCUUCUACCGCCGACCCGUCGCUGUUUCUGCGCACUGACACCUCUCUGCCGCCGUUCUACAUCCUCGUGUACGUCGACGACUUGGUCUUUGCCACUGGUGACACUGCUGGACUCGCCCACGUGAAGUCUGAGCUGCAGAAGAGACACACGUGCACAGACCUGGGUGAACUGCGCAGCUACCUUGGCUUGCAGAUCAUCCAGGACAGAGCACAGCGCACCAUUACCUUAACUCAGUCACACAUGGUGCAGCAGGUCCUUCAGCGCUUUGACUUCACGUACUUCUCGCUCUCAGCUCUGCCUUCGGAUGAGUCCGUAGAGCCGAGUGGCCCGUACCCAGAGCUUGUUGGCUGCCUCAUGUACCCGAUGACCUGCACACGACCUGACCUUGCAUAUCCUCUUAGCAUCUUGGCACGCUAUGUUGCUCCUGGGAGACACCGACCAGAGCACAUGGCUGCAGCGAAGAGGGUGUUGCGCUACUUGUGCAGUACGUUGGGCAUGGGGCUAGUGCUUGGAGGGCGGCGUUCAGUGGUCCUCACAGGUCACGCAGACGCUUCUUGGGCUUACGACCAGGCUACGCAGCGGUCGUCACAGGGUUACACCUUCAGCCUUGGUUCCGGCUCUGUUUCGUGGCGGUCUACCCGCUCGUCUUCUGUUCUCGGAACCAGCUGUGAGGCUGAGAUCUACGCAGGGGCCAUGGCUGCACAGGAGCUACGCUGUCUCACCUACCUGCUGACUCACCUAGGAGAGCCGCCUCGUUCUCCUCCUGUUCUGUACGUAGACAACAAGGCCAUGUUGGCCUUGUGUCGGGAGCACAGACUGGAGCACAGAACGAAGCACAUUGCUCUUCGUUACUUCCUUGCUCGUGAGCUACAGCAGCGUGGUCAGCUGAGCCUUGCUUAUGUGGCCUCUGAGGCCAACACUACUGAUAUCUUUACCAAGGCACUUCCGCCUUGUGAUCAUUAG